AUGGAAAACAAAUCUAUCUCUUUACUUUCAACUGCACCUAAAACAUUCGAAUCUAUUGUGUCGGAUAUGAUAACUCCUGAACUUGACAGAAUUAUCGUUGACGAUCAACAUGGUUUUAGACAGUCUAAAACAACUACUACUAAUUUACUUACCCUUCAACAUUCCAUAAUUGAUAGUUUUUCAGCUGGUUUACGUAUGGACGUUAUUUAUACUGAUUUCGCUAAAGCUUUUGAUAAAUAUCCGAAUGAAUACAACUCUAAGGUGCACGGGCACUACGAUCCAGCCCGUUUCUACGGAGCGCCGGAUACGCCAAUAUCGCAAGUGAAACUCGGCGAGAUGACUCAAUGGAUUGGACGUCGUAAUAAGUCGCCAUCAGCACUUGCUGGAUUAUUUUCUCGUGCUUACUGGCGAUGGUCCCACAAAUAUGUCCAACCAAAACGUGCUACGGUUGCUCCACUAAUCCACAUUAUUACUGGAUCGAUGUUGUUUUUCUACACAAUUAACUACGGCAAAAUAAUCCGUGGACGUAAUUACAAACAUCACUAAUGGUCGACUAAUAAUCGAACUACUGUGUUUAUAUAAUAAAUUAAAAUAAUGUCACAGC